UCUUCCAAUUUGUGUCUCCCCAUUCUGUUUUCUAUGUGUUGAAAUGUCAAUUCUUUGACGCUGCUGCAUGUCUGUUCUGCAUCGAAUUUACUAAUUUGAAGAUAAUGGUAGAGAAAGUGGAUCGUAUUUCGGGGUUGCCCCCUUUUGUGAUUCAUCACAUUAUGUCCUACCUCUCAUCAAAAGAAGUUGGUCAAAUUAGUACAUUGUCUAAGGGAUGGAAUCAAUUACGGAUAUCUUUUCCUAUCUUUGAUUUUGAUCAAACUGAUUUCCUCACCGAAGAUGAGAGUGAUCAAAUUACAUCAAUGUUUGAAGAGAGAAGAUUGGCACUCCGAGAACGUUUGAAAGAAUUUAUGGAAUAUAUUGAUGCUUCCUUGCUUCGGUUCUGUGAGCUCGAGUUCUGUAUGCGCAAAUUUAGGCUUUUCAUAAGUAUUCUUGAUGUUGAAGAAUCGGCUCCUUAUAUUGAUAAAUGGAUAGGAUUGGCCACUGAGAAGGAGGUUAAAGUGUUUGAUUUGGAAUUCUUAACAGAUAGUGAUACACCCUACACUUUGCCUCAAUCAAUCUUUUAUGCUAAGUCAGUGACUGUUCUAAAUAUAGUUAGAUGCAAGUUGGAGAAUGUUUCGGAUAUUGUCAGGUUCAAUUAUCUCAGAAAGUUAAGUUUGGACAAGGUUUUUAUAAAUGAAGAGAUGGUGCAGAAGCUUAGUGGUGAAAGCCCUCUGCUUGAAGAAAUGUUUCUUUCGGAAUGUUGGGGUUUCAAGCGACUAUGUGUUUCUAAAGCUCUCAAACUGAAGAUAAUGUCUAUCGGAUCAGAUGAGCUUGAAAGUGUUGAAGUUGUUGCUCCAAAUCUUCAAGAGUUGGUCCUUGAAUUUAGUGAAGAAAUAAUGCCCAGAGUGAUUGACGUUUUUGAGUGCACACAGUUGAAAAAGUUAAAAUUCAUGGGCAUUGGUCUUACGGACCUGGAGUUUCAUCAUUUUAUCUCAAGCUUUCCCUUGCUUGAGGAUCUAAUCUUUGCGUACUGCUAUGCCCUUGAAAGAAUUACGAUUUCAAGUAAUCAACUUAAGAAGAUUCGAGUUAGUAGCUGUGUUAAUAUGAAGGCACUUAACCUUGAUACUCCAAAUUUACUCUCCUUUACUUAUGAGUAUAGUCCCAUUCCCACUUCGUGCAUAAAUGCAUUAUGUCCAUGGCAAGUUAAAUGUUUAUCUAAGCUAAUGUUUGAUAUUCAUUGGUGCCUGAAACUGAGGGAGUUUCUUGGCGUAUCCAAUCAAAUCGAAACUCUAAGGAUAUAUGCAAGGCCAACUGUGAGUUCUUUCAAGUUAGAAGAAUGCAGGAAAAGUUUUACAUCACGCCCGUGUUAUGUGGAGACUCUUGAGUUCUAUACAAACAUGCCACCAUCAGAAUACAGGAUGUUGUUGGAUGGUCUCCUCUGGAUUUGUUAUCCCAGGACUUUGUUUUUGCAAUCAUAUUCUUGCAGGGCCCAGUAUAAAUUAUUUGAGUCAUUCUACAAGGAACUGAAGAAUAGGGACGUAAGCUGUUGCAAUUCCCAUGAUAUCAAAUGUUGGCGGCACUACUUAAAAGAUAUUAAGGUCGUAGGCUUUAUGGGUCUGAAAGAUGGGAAAUUGAUUGAUGCUGAUAGUUUAAUGAAAUGGCUAAGCACAGAUAAUUUGAGUGAUCUCUGGUCUAUCCUUCCCUUUGGAGUUGUAAGGUUUCAACUAGAUUGGUGUUUCCCAGAAAGCACUAUGAAGGCAUAACAUUUUUUCAUCUCUGUGGAACCUAUAUAUAUAUAUAUAUGGGAAUGUGAAUUCUGGGAUCUUUUUUCAGCUGUUUAGUGUGCUAGUAUUUCUCUAGUUAUACUAUGACAAUGUACUAAAUUAGCCUCUAAGACAUAAUUUCUGGUUAAUCUGUAAUCCAGGUCAUCCCGGUUUCUUUCUCCGA